AUGCCUUUACAGAAUGUCGACAAUGUUCCGCAGAUUUUCUCUGCAAUCAUCACGACCAUCUCAUCGCUUGCGCGACUUGCUACAUAUUCACGCGUCCACAUUACCAUCCUGAUCGAAUGCGAUCCGUCCGUGAAAGCCAUUAUUUUGAAGUAUGACGAAGAAAGACACGACUACAUUGUGGAGGACCUGGACGAUGACCGCCACCUGGUUAUCAAGGAAAGCCAACUGCAGAACCUGAAGAUCCGGUUGGGAAGGGAACUCGAUGAAAAGGUCAUGCAGCCUGAGGAGUCGGAAUCUGACGAAUGA